AGGAUUGCUGCGGCUGCUGGCGGGCGGGACGCCAUCCUGCAGAGCAGCGCCGGGUCCCCGCUGUGCGCAGGGCUGAGCUCUGCGUUGCAGCCCCUAAACGGGGAGCCUUUGUGGCCGGUUCCUGCAGCAAGCUGCGGCGUCCGACGGCGAUUCUGCCUUAAAUGCAGGCCGGGUUGGAUUGCUGGAGUGUCCGGGAGUGCUCCGAGCGUAGAAAUGAGGCAGAUCGCGGCUAAGUAUUACCAGAAAAAGGAAUUCCCUGCUGGAACGCCCUGCUUCUCACGUCGCUGGUAGAUAGGCAUCUCACGCAGGUGGUUACUUUGCAGAAGCUGCACUGAUAACUUGUGUCUAAGGACUCGGGCAGGGUGCUGUGUUGGCUUCGUGGCGCUUCCAGGCGAUGUGUGGUGCUUACGUCCUUCACCACUAGUGAGCUGGAUGUGGGUUUUGUUGCACAACAAUCAGCAGCUUUCCAAGUUUGAGGAUGGCCUCCUGAGCUCUCUGAGUGUUGCAGAAGACCACGAGUUGCACUGUCUCGGGGAAGGAGUUCCAUAGGCUGGCUGUAUCAGUGAGCGUGCUGAGUUGUGCUUGACCCAGCAGAAGGGUGGAAGUCAUAAGGAGAUCUAUAGGAGGACAAGUUCUAAGGUGGAGAAUGACAGAAAAACCUGAACUCUGACAAAGCUGAUGUAGAUUCAGCAGUGGAGUGGUGUCCUACUAUUACUGCCUCUGCAUAUGCUGAAGACAUGCUCAUGGACAGACAGUGCUUCAAACACUGCUUGAAGAAAUGAAUUAGGGACUACACAUUGCCUCUUCAAGAAUUAACUUUUAAUAAGAGUAUAACAGAAAGAAAUGGAAAAGCAGCAAGUCAUUUAACGAUCGUUUCUCAUAGCUUUUCUCAUAUGCUUCCCUUGGAGUCAUGGAUGAGUACAACCGCUUUGUGGAUUGGGACAAAAUGGAUGUCACUGUCCAGAGCCAGGAUAUAAAGGAGCUGAGCUGCACGGAGUUCCAGGAGCUGAAGCAGCUGGCUCGGCAAGGCUACUGGGCCAAGAGCCAUUCACUGAGGGCCAAGGUGUACCACAAGCUGAUUAGCAAUAUCCCAUGCCGGACAGUGACCCCAGAUGCCAAUGUUUACCGGGACAUUGUGGUGAAGAUAGUUGGGAAACGUAACAGUAGCUCCCUUCCACUGCCAGAGUUUGUGGACGACAGCCUUGUUCCCACGUACUGCUUGAAUGCAGAGGGCAUUGGGGCAGUUAGGAAGAUCAUACUGUGCAUUGCAAAUCAGUUCCCAGACAUAUCGUUUUGCCCUGCGCUGCCUUCUGUGAUAGCUUUGCUUCUCCACUACAGCAAGGAUGAGGCAGAGUGCUUUGAACAGGUUUGUCGCAUCCUUGCUUGCAACGACCCGUCCAAGCGGCUCAUCGAUCAGACCUUCCUGGCUUUUGAGUCCUCCUGCAUGACCUUUGGGGACCUGGUGAACAAGUACUGCCAGGCAGCACACAAGCUGAUGGUGGCAGUGUCUGAGGACGUGCUGGAGGUGUACUCUGACUGGCAGCGGUGGCUCUUUGGAGAGCUGCCCAUGGUUUACAUUGCUCGGGUCUUCGAUGUGUUUCUGGUGGAGGGCUACAAAGUUCUCUAUCGUGUUGCAUUGGCUAUUCUGAAGUUUUUUCACAAAGUCAGAGCUGGGCAGCCCAUGGAGUCUGACAGCGUGCAGCAGGAUAUUCGAGCUUUCGUGAGAGACAUUGCUAAGUCAGUGUCUCCUGAGAGGCUUCUGGAAAAAGCCUUUGCUAUCCGCCUGUUCUCACGGAAGGAGAUCCAGCUGCUGCAGAUGGCCAAUGAGAAAGCUUUGCAGCAGAAGGGCAUCACAGUCAAACAGAAAAGUGUUACAUCUCCAAAAAGGCAGAAUGUACACUUGGCAGUCCAUGCAGAGAACUUCAAGUCUGAAAUUGUCAGUGUGAAAGAGAUGCGAGAUAUCUGGUCGUGGAUCCCAGAGCGUUUUGCACUUUGCCAACCCCUCUUGCUCUUCACCACCUUGGAACAUGGCUGUAGUCUGAGCAGGUUCUAUUCUCACAGUGAGGGACAUGAGCCUACUCUUGUUCUGAUCAAGACCACGGCAAAAGAGGUCUGCGGUGCUUACCUGUCCACCGAUUGGAGCGAGCGCAGGCGAGGUGGGAACAAGCUGAGUUUCUUUGGAACUGGGGAGUGCUUUGUGUUUAGGCUGCAACCAGAAGUGGAACGCUACGAGUGGGUGAUCAUAAAGCACCCAGAAUUGGCUGCGAGUGGUUCUGAGCCAGAAAAUCACGCCUCGCCGGCUUCCAACACCCUCUCCUUCAGAAGCACCCCUUCAGACCCGUCAGAUCGCCUUUCUCCCUUCUUAUCAGCUCGGCACUUCAACUUACCAUCCAAAACAGCUUCCAUGUUCAUGGCUGGCAGCAGUGAAUGCAUCAUUAUAGGUGGCGGUGAUGGCCAGGCUCUUUACCUCGAUGCAGACCUGAACCAUGGAAGGACCAGCCACUGCAACACUUUCAACAACCAACCGCUGUGUUCCGAGAGCUUCCAGAUCUCUGUCUUGGAGGUGUGGGGCUUCAGGGACACCAUGAAUGGCUGACAUGACUAUCGUUAUUCAACUAGAUUUCAGUUCUGGUAGGAUUCCCAAGGCAAAUUGUAAUGCAGGAGCCAACUUAGAACAUAAUUCCCACUGGACUCAGUGUUCCUUAAUAAUUACUAAGCAGUGCACCUGAAUGCAGAGCUUAGUUGUGUUUACUCUUAUUUAAGACAGGUGAAAGUGAUGUACCCUAUUAGCUCCUUAGCUUGGAACCUCGAGAGACCCAGUGUGGCUGGCUUCAGGUGUUGAUAUUAGGCAAAAGUGAAAGCAAUGUUAUUUCAGACAAUCCUAAAUGUAUACAGGUCUGUAUCAGAGGACAAUUCUGCAGUUCAGCACAAUUCCUCAGAGGUGCUGAACUGGCUGAGGUGUACUGUAGAGCAUCUGGCCCAAGCCACAAAUAUCAAAUGUUCAUUUAUAGCAGCACUAGAGACCUCAGAUUUGACAUAGGGCAGUAGUUCAUAAAACCAUUGCCCCAGUGUACAGAUACUGUGCAGACAAAUCAUGGGUACCACUGAUGUACCAUCAGUACCAUUUUAGGAGUCAACUAUGAAGGAACUGUGAUUGCUAGUUCUCCUUCUGCUCCUACCUGAGUCCUUGAUACAUUCCAGUUGCAUCUCUUUGUGGAGGCUGCCUCUGAAGAGGGCAUCCAGACUGGACAGUGCUAUCUCAGAGGCUUGAUUUUGUUUACAUUCCUAUUCCAUAUCAGUAUAGUAGCUCAGACUCGCUCAAGUUUCAGGCAGCAGAAAGCACAAGACCAUAUAGAGUGCUUAUACUUUGUUAUUGAAUUGUUCAUGGAAGCUGAAAUGAAGCAUAAGAAGUAUGAGUAACUGCAGAAAUCACUAAAUGUUUAGGGAAAUAGGUGCUGGGGUACAGAAGCUUAAUGCACUCUUCUCAAGUAAAUGGAGGAAUGUGGGAGGGAAAUAUUCUGUGCAGCAUUACUCUGGGAGUGAAUAAGUUUCCCAGGAGAACUGUAGGUGACACUUGCUCCAUAUCACAAGGAAAGAAGAAAAGAAGAAAGCGCUGGUGGCUUUCUUGGCUGUUUAAUCCAACUUCUGUAUUGGAGUGGGGAGAACACGAUUGCUACUUACACAUGAAGUCCAUAAAGGGUAACAUUAAAAAUUUACAGUGAUAAAAUAUCACUUGGGCUGGACAGGGUCAAUCAGGUUGAUAAUGUUGGCUUGUGCAGCUUGCUAGCAAAGAAAAUACCAUGUGUCUUUGCUGCUUGCAAAGUGUAUAAGCAAACUUGGCAAAAAUGUGAGUUGCUUUUAAAAAGCCAUUUUGAAUUUUUUUUUUUUUCCUAGAAUAACUCCUUGGAAUACUUGAUUGCAUAUACAAAUCUAGGAUGUCAUCUUUGGCCUCACACAUAUUUUCCAAUUACAUUAUUUCUCAUACUGCACGUUCUUUUCAUAGGGUUACUGUAAGCUUGAUUGAAGUGGAGGGGCUGGUAUAGCUCAGCUGUAGAUAUUAAUGGGAAGGAUCUUGGCAAUCAUAUCUGGUUUUGAGAAACGCUGCUCAUGCCUUUUUUUCAAAGCUGACAGUAUCAUGUUGCACUUGGUAGCAUCCCAUCAUCUAUUCCUAUGACAAUAUAACUGGAAAACAUACUGCAUUUAGUAGGAUCUCUUAAACAGAGGUGGGAUUUCUUAACUCUGUCCAUAUCUCCUUUUUUGAGCUCAUCUUUGAAGUGCCCUUCCAAGAAAAUAACAUUGAUGUUCAGCUUUGUUCAGCUGUCAGAAAUUCCCUAGAGCUGCAUGCUGGCAGGGUUUGUGGGACUUCAGAAUUACUCUCAAAAUAACAAAUAGGUUUUCCUGUGCAGAAUUGUUCCCACAGUCGCUGGUGGUGACUUUUUGUCUCUUUCCAUCCCCAUUGAUGUAACUAUGUCAGCAAGGCCUGAGUGCUGUACCACUUUGUAAGCCAUAUCUACAAAACCCCGUUCCUUUCCCUGCUCUGUUGCUAAUACACAGAGAUGGGGAUAUUGGAGCAAAUAAGAGCAGCUUCUCAUCCCUCUGGUGGAGGUGCACAAGAGCCCUCUCUUGGGCAACUUCUCUGGAUGGCCAGCCAGUCUUUGGCAUCCCAAUCAAGGACCACGUGACACUGAGUGACAGCUUUGCAGCUGGGAGCACACCCUGAGCUGUGACCUGUACAGGUCUGCAGAUCACAGCAGGCUGUGGGUGCCAUUUUGGGCAGGUAGGUGAGCUGGCAGGUGAUUUUCCUUCUGUUCAUGACUCAUACCAGUCUUGAGACAUGUAUUGCAGGAGUGGUUUUAGUCUGUUGUAGCAUUCUCCUCUUGCAGACAUCCUGCAAUGUAGUGUUGCCUUUGAAUAGCCUAAUUAAGUAAGAGGCUACAAUAGUCUACCAAGAGACAUUAUACAAAGCUCUGUCAUCUUCACACAUUCCUUUGGUUCAGUAAAAAUUGUUUCUUUUCCAGUGCACAUCCUUGGGUAGUUGUCAUUAUAGUUGUGAGGCAUCCUUGAGGAGCUGUAUUGUGACUGGACUUUCUUUGCAGUAGCAGAGAGGCUUUUUUUUUGUCCCUGUAGAUAAUGAUUGUCACUGUCCAUGUGUAUAUCAGCAGUCCAAGUAAUUGAGCCAACAGUUGAUGUGAACGGGUACGGUGGGCACCUUCCCAGAAGGUUAAAGCUAUCUGAAGUACCCCAGCUGCAAAGUGGCUUUGAUCCCGUUACAGAUGACUCUGUGUGCCCUCCUGCCUGCUUGCAGUCCUGCUGCUUUCAGUGACAGCAGGAAUAUGGCUGUCACUGCAGGAACUGUUUGAUAUGAAGGUGCAGAGCUGAAGGCUGAGCACUGGCUGCCACGGUUCUUCAGGAGCCGUUUGCUUUCCUGGGGAGCUGUUUUUGUUUUGUAAUUCUCUACUGAAGGCAGAAAAGAACAAAAACUCCUGACACUGGAAACUUGCAUGUAUUUAUAAAUGGCAUCGAAGUUGUUUCCAGGCCACAGGAACUGUUUCCAGCUGCUAGCCAGGCUGGACAGCCUUCUUCACUAGAUCCACAAACUGCCAUUCCUGCACUUGGACGUGCUUUGUUUUCUGAUGAAGGAUGUUUAAGGCAGGAAGAAGGGAGGAAAACUUCAACUUCCUCCAUGUUGGGAUAACUGAAGACAAAUUGAAGGGGCAGACAGUGCUGCUCUCUGAAGAGUUAAACAUUAAUGCCAAUAAGAAAGCGUGUUUUGCCAUGGGAGAAGUGGCACUUGCAUAUCAAUCAACUGCUGUUUGUGUGUGUGCAUUGAAGUUUUGUUCUUUCUCCUUUGA